AUGUCAUCAUGUGCUUCAUCUUCAGCAAUACAAAUUGCUUCACAUUCACAAUCUGCUUCACGAAACCACUCUUUUGCUAGUACCCCUUUCAUGCCCCCAUCUCUAAGGUCCUACCGCCAAUCCCCUUCUAUUAGCGUCAGCCGUAGCUCUGUAGAUCUUCGGAAUGCAUCCCAAAGAUCUCUAGCUUCGCAUAUGAAUUCACCGCGUUCCAAUGGUUACCCAUCUUUGUCGUCUCUUAACUCAAGAUACCUGUCUUCACAUGUUCCAAGUCCAAGCAACGGUUCAGUAAGUUACCUUGGUUCAUCCAGUCAUCAGCAGCAUCCACUCUGUUAUAGUGAGUCAGCCGCCAGCUUCUCACCAUUUGUGUCUGCCAGCUCCCUCCCGGACUGUUAA